AUGGCUAAAAGGAACGCCCAUUUUCUCUUCCUGAUGUUGUUUUUACUAGGCAUUCACCUCCAAGAAAUCAAUCUCUGCAAUGGAGCUCUAAACUCAAGCUGCAACCCUGUUGAGAGAAGUGCUCUGGUGGAGUUCAAACAAGGCCUCGAAGAUACUACUAACAGGUUGUCUUCUUGGAUGGGUCAAGACUGCUGCACGUGGGAAGGUGUGGCAUGCAGCAAUCGCACCGGGCAUGUGAUAAAGCUUGACCUUCGCAAUCCACACCCUUUUUCUGAUAUUGAUUAUCUUCCAUACAACGAGUGGAGUUUAGGAGGUGAGUUGAAUCCUUCUUUACUGGGUUUGAAGUAUCUUAAGUACCUUGACCUGAGCAUGAACUAUUUUGGAGGAGCUGAUAUUCCAAAAUUUAUGGGAUCAUUUUAUCAUCUUCAAUAUCUUAACCUCUCCAGAGCUGGAUUGGGUGGACUCCUCCCUCAUCAAUUUGGUAAUCUCUCCAACCUGCAGUAUCUUGAUUUGUAUAAUGACUUGGAACCGUAUUUCGGAGCUCAAGUUCGUGAAUUUAGAAUUGAUGAUGCAAUCUGGAUUUCUGGGCUUUCUUCUCUGAGGCAACUAAAUAUGGAGAAUGUUAAUCUUCAGAAUGUUAGUAAUUGGCUCCGAGCUCUCAAUACUCUUCCUUCCAUCGAAGAGAUCCAUUUAUCUUCAUGUGGUAUUGAACACGUCCAACUCUCCCUCCCACAUGUAAACUUCACCUCACUUGCUUUGCUUGAUUUGUCUUAUAAUUCUAUUGGCUCUUCAAUACCCACUUGGUUAUUCAAUAUAAGUGGCCUUCAAUAUCUUGACCUUAGUCAUAACAACUUUACUGGUCCUAUUCCAUCGCUCUUUGGAAACUUAGUUUCUCUCAGCGACCUAAAUUUAGCUGAAAACUAUUUUAUAAAAGGGGCGAUACCUAUUUCAUUGAGGAAUCUAUGCAAGCUGCAAAGUUUAAAACUGUGGGGCAUCAAUAUCAGCAUGGAUUUGUCAGAGCUCAAUGUAAUAUUUUCAGGUUGCAUCAAAAUAAGUUUAGAGAUUCUUGAACUGCCUGACGCUGGACUUACUGGUCAGUUACCUGAAUGGCUAGGGGAACUCAAAAGGCUUUGA